CUUGUGUUCACCACCACAUUUUUCGAUGGACCAAACAUAUAUACAGUCGAUUCACGCUUGUUCUUCGUUAGAAUACUGAAUCUAACUAUUACUAAUUUAGUGUCCAUAUAUUUGAUAGAUUUGAUCUAAAACUCUAUUCUUUGUGACAUAAAAUGGCAAACGUGUUGAAAAGUGUCGCUGCAUCGGAGUUAAUCGCGAAGAUGUAUCUGAAUGAAGAAAUAGCCGACGUUCAUUUCGUGUUCAAAUUCGUUGAUGAUGUGCAAAGAGUUCCAGCAAACAAAGUAAUAUUAGCAGCGCUGAGUCCGGUAUUUCAUACGAUGUUCUACGGAUCGUUGAAGGAGGGAAAUGAAGUUAAAAUUGAAGAUUCAGACGCCGAUGCGUUCAAGGAGUUUCUCCAAUUUUUCUAUAUGGGUGAAGUGACGCUGAACAUGGAGAAUAUUGAGACAGUUGUUCGGUUGGCCGAUAAAUACGACAUUCUCGAAUAUAUCAAAUCUUGUGUUAUCUUCCUUAAAACACAACUGACAAUAGAUAACCUGUGCUGGGUGUAUCAGUUAGCCGUGAAUGUCAAAAAAGAUGAGCUAAUCGAGAUUUGUGAGGAACAAAUUGCUAGAUUGCCAAAGAAAAUCUUUGCUACUGAUGCAUUUCAACGUUGUGAUAAAAAUAUUCUAAAACGCAUUCUGGAACUGGAUUUGACUUGCAAGGAAACCAACGUAUUUGAAGCCUGUUUGGCGUGGGCCAUACAAGCAUGCAAACAAAACGGCUUGGAUGCAACGAAAGCGUUGAAUUUGAGAAUCCCACUUGGUGAUUGUUUACAGUCGAUUCGAUUCAGUUCAAUGACAAUUGAAGAAUUCUCCGCCAUUCAAAUGUCAAACGAUGGACUCUUCACUCCGGAUGAAUUCAAGGAUAUCGUGUUUACUUUAACAGCAAAAGUAUAUGAACCGAAAAUAUUCAAACAAAAUCCUCGAGUUUACAAAUGGAAUAAAAAUGGCAUUACAUUGUGUCGACGACAAGCGGCCGAUGCCCAAAUAAGCUACCUCAAGGAAUUAGAAAUUGUUUGGUUCAAAUCAAAUCAAACGCUACUAUUGGGUGAUAUUUUCUCUGCUGAAACCAACAAUAUGAGCUAUAUUGAUAAACAGAACAAUGCUAUAAAUGUUACAUUAUCAGAAAUCAGCAGCGAUUCAUCAAAGAAACUUUUGUACGAAGGUCAAAUAAAAACAUGGGAUGCUACAAAUAGGCUGCGAGUAAUGUUAACGCAACCGAUUAUGAUCAAAGCGCACACCAUGUAUGAAAUUCGUUUCGCAGUGAUGAGUAGGGGUGUUGGUAAUCUAUAUUAUCAUGGAUCAUGGAGACCAAUAGUCGAUUUAGCGGAUGACCUUACCAUUCAAUUUUAUCGAAUUCCAACCCAUACAGGCUCUGACACCUCUUCAACUGGUUGGAUUGAAGCGAUGAGCUUCAACAGAAUAUAACAAUGUGGUAAUUUAAGAUCUGAGAAAAAUAUCAUUUCCAUGUUAACUCAAAAUAAAAUGAUUUUUUUACUGAAUUUAAAUAAAAAUGACACCAAACAUGUGUUUUAAGAUUACUAAGCAUCUCAGCAUUUCGUAAGGCACGGAUAUAUCUGAGCAUAUCGACGACGCAUACUGUAUAAUACAGUGGCGUGUGUUGCUACGUGCAGCCGCAACGACUCGACCGAAGUGUGUUCAGUUGAUGUGGCUGCACGCAGCAACAACAUACACAUUCCGGUCGAGUCGUUGCGGCUGCGCGUAGCAACGUACGUCACUGUAUGCGUCGUCGAUAUGCUCGGAUAUAUCCGUGCCUUACGAAAUGCUGAGAUGCUCAGCAAUCUUAAAAUACAUGUUUGAAUGACACAGAAUUACUAAAGAAAUAUGAGUUGCAAUGUUUUUGCAAACAAAUUCAUGAUUUUUUUUUUUUUAUCCAACAAAAGAAAUAUUCAUAUGAAUUCUAUUAUAAUGUGUAGAAUUUAUAAAGUGUUUUAAAUUUUUAGAAGAUAAGAGAUAUAUUGUAUUGAAGUGUUGACUUCAUCCAGAACAACAAUAAAAAAAAGUCACAAAUCCAAAGACUUAAAAAACACAACGAAUGUUGAC